AUGGAUCCAGCGGUACUCGUAAGAGUUGAGACACAGCGACUGGCAUUAGAGGAGAGCGUAGCCCGACUCCGAGAAUCCCUUCGCCACUGGCAGAAUCUUGAGCUCGAUUACGAGGGUCUGAGAGAAGAGUUCGAGCUGCUCCCCGACACAAGUUCAAAAGAAGAAUGCCUCCAAGCUGCGCGAGACUUCAAAUCCGUCGUCGUCGACGAGGAUGAUUUGCAAAGCCUGAUGAGGGAUGCCAAAAAUGGCGACCGGUCUCCGCGACAACUGGCGAGCCUGCUGUCGAAACGAGUUGACUAUGUCUCCAGGAAUGCUGAUACGAUACGGAAGCAGAUACUAGCAGAUGAGAAGAAGCUCAACGCCUUGCUCCUUGUUGAGGAUCCGGAGCUGAGGGAAGACGCUGGACUGCCACUUACCGAAAUCACCGAAGAGCUGGACGACUCAGGAAAUGUGGUGUCCAGCAAGGUAGAGAGACCGGGUGAGGAGACUUCGGCUCUUGCAGACGUGCUGGAGAAAGCUGGCGUUGAAGGCUUGAAGACCAAGGAUGGCAAAUUGGAGGUGUCCGAUGAGCCACAAAGCACCAACGCUACGGUCGCCAGUAGCUCCAAAGCCUCUUUGAUCAAGCCGAGCCUUCCGGACGUCAAUGAAAUGGAUGAUGACAGUAGCAGCGCUGAUGAAGAGCUGCAGCGAAAAGAUAUGCCAGUCACAGUACCCGUACCUGGCGAAAAUCCUAUUCCUGUCAACAUUCGAGAUACGGCAGAAGAGGCCAAAUUACGCCGCGAGAUGCUUGAGUAUGGACUCGAUGAGGUUGGUGCUAUUGUUGCGGAGUUGGACCUGCAGGAGAACGCCUCAGAUGUCUCAUAUGACGAGGAUGAAGAUGUCGGCCUCGUAAUGGACUCUGAUUUCGAGGAUGACGAUGACGAGGAUGCGUCUGAGGAUGAGUUUGGCCGUGUCAGAGCGCCAGUUAUCUCGGAGAAGUACAAGCAAAAAAUGGAAGAGCUCGAGAAGAAACUCGGCUUAACUGAUCUAAAGAAUCUUGGACCGACUCCCGAGCUGCCUUCGCAUAUCCAGGAGGCUCUGAAUCGUCCGCCUGCGGCAGAAGCAGCACGCAAAGCGGCAAUUGCCCGCGAGGAAGCUGUUUCGUCUCAGUACACAGCUGUAUCGAAACUUGACAGGAAAGGAGAAAAGGCCAAGAAGAAAAGUGUCGCCUUCGCUGAAAAUCUCGAUAUCGCCAAAGAAGCGCCAUCCCAUCGCAAAGCUGAGGAAGCGCCGCCAACGAAGUCUGCCAUCAACCCAGUGGGUGAAGCGGUCAUCGAACGCUCCGAACCUGCCGAUAGUGAGCCGCCGGCACCGCCUGCUCCAGCACCUACCAAGAAGACAUCACAUUUCAAAGCCGCCCGAGAAGCUGCUGGUGCCUCUCCGCCUGCUCAGACCUCCACCACCUCUUCCCAGCUUCCGAAGUCGGCGGCUUCCACAAAGAAGAACAACCAACAAGCACAGCCUCACCCAUCUGGUCUAGCUCUCAACCAAGAGGAUCGCCCUCUCGUUGCACCCACUGUGUUCGAACGCGCCACCCCCACGUCCACCCUAGCCCCUCAUCCAGCCGACAUCGACGACGAGAUGCACCGCCGUGAAAUCGCCAUGGACUACCACAAGCUCCGCAACCGGCGCAUUCACGCGCAGGGCGGCUUCGUUCGCAGCACCGCAGAAGAAGACGAGGAGAUGGAAGAAAUGCUCGGCAACAGCGUGCUGGAGGAUCCAGAGACCGGCGAAGUGAAGCGCGUCAGUCGCUUCAAGGCCGCGCGGUUGAUGCGGUAA